AUGAAGAUCAACCCCGCUCCGUUCCAUUUGGCACAGGCCAUCAUCACCGGCCUCGUCGUCCUCUUCAGCAUAUGCAUUCUCGGCACUUCAGCACACACCCUAAAUGUCUUCAACAAGCAACAUCUCACAAACCCUUGGUGGGCACCGAUGUGGCCUCAGCACUUUGAUGUGCAAGGAACCAAAGCGCUUAUCGCAUCGUCCGUCGUGACCUUGGUUCUCUGUGGUGCUUUCUUGAUCGCAUCAUUUAUGCCUCAGCUCGCCCUUCGUCAGAAAUACACUCUCCGCGCUCUCCUCUCUCUCGCCACCCUCCUUCCUACUCUUCUCCUUACUCUAAUCACAACGAUCUGGGCACACAUGCUCAACAACAACGCCCCGGAAGUUGAUACCAUCCAAACCUGGACCUGCAAGAUGCAGAACUCACAACCACUUACUCAGGAUUUGCCAGGCGACAUCGCUAUGCCGGCUGGCAUGGGUAAUGGAGACUUCAAGACCCUUUGCGGAGCAAGCAAGUUUGCGCUUGCCGGCACGCUGAUCGUAUUUCUGCUCGUAGGUGCAAGCAUGGGUGUUACGAUCAUUACUUGGAUGGCGGACAAGUGGGCAGCCAGGCAACAGAGGAAGGAAGUUGAGAUGGGCAACAUUCCUGUGCCUACAUCGUAG